AUGGCGCUGGGGUUCGCACCCGCACCGGGGUGGGGAGGGGUGUCGGGGGCGGUGCGGGCGCUACGGGCGGUGCGGGGACGGGGGGAGCGCUCGGAGCUCAGGCGCGGCCCCCGCUGCUCGCAUGGGGGGGCGCGGAGCGGGGCCGCCGCGGCUGCUGCUGCUGCGCCCGACGCCGCUGUCGCACCAUUUGGCUGUCACCCUGUCGCAAAGCGCUUCGCUGCUUUGCGGCGCGCGGACCACGUGACCUCAGGGGAAGGGCAGGGGGUGCGGCAGUGGGAGAGCGGGACCACAACGCCCCCCCCCGGCACCCUGACCACGCCACGUGACGUGAGCCCCCCCCCCGCCGUGCCUCUCUCUUCGGCCCCGCCCACUCAGCCUGGCGCGCGCGCCUCGCUGCUGCCUUCGCGCCUCGAGCUGUCCUCGCGCCCCCGUGGCUGCCUUCGUGUCUCGAGCUGUUCCCGCGCUGUCCUCGCGCUUCUCGUUGUUUCUGCGCCCCCUCGCGCUCCCCGUUGUUCCCGCGCCCCCUCGCGCCCUCCUCGCGCUCCUUUGCUGUCCUCGCGCUCCUUUGCUGUCCUCGCGCUCCUUUGCUGUCCUCGCGCUCCCUCGUUGCUUUGCGCCCCCUCCUCGCCUCUCACCCUUCGUUCCCCUUUGCCCCUCAGCUCCCCUCGUGCCCCCUCGUUGCCUUGCGCCCCCUCAGCUCCCCUCGCCACCUUCCUGCCCCUCCAGCGCUAUGGCGGCCCCGUUGUUUCCCGCUGUGGUGCCGGGGAGAAGGGGCCCGUGGCGCACCCCUGGCGGUGGGGUGGCUGUGGCUCUGCCCCAUCGGGCCCGAGAGGAGGGGGCGAGCUCGCAGGGGCUGUAGCGAAGCUCAGGAAGGAGAGGGCGGGCUCGUCGCCGGCGCCCAGCAGCCGCCUGCAGCCCUGGGGACCUGGAGCAGAGGCCCAGGACUCUGUGGGCAGAGUGGAAGCAAAAGGCAGCUAUGUCGGACAGCAGCUUCUAUGCCACGAAAUGGGGAAGAGUUGCUUCGAGGCCUCAAGACAGUUACGCAAGCAUCAGACUUUCAUGAGAUCUGCUCAGCUGAAGUGAGGACUUUGAUGGUUUUAGGCUGUUGGAAAUGGAUGAAAAGAUGUCAUGGAGACCACAGCAGAGCAGCCUCAUUGCUCCUGGUCUGACCCGAGGUCAGCGAGGUUGAUUCCGCAGGAGCUGUGCUGGUGUUUCAGGAGCAAAUUCAGCCCUCGUCAGUGGGAGCAAGGCAAAGCCAACGCUUAGCACCUCCAUCCCCGUCCUGGGGCUUUCAGCAGCUUAAAGCUUGGCAG